GUGUUUGUGUAAUCAAAUGUAGAUCUAGUAGUGAUAAUCCAGAAAUUGCAAUAAUUUUUUUUUUCAAAACUACGACUUAAUAAUUAAUAAUAGAAAACAUAAGUCUGAAAUCAGCUGAGAAUGCACUAGGAAAUGAAGAAAAUUGUUUUCUGUAAGCAAGAGUUCUCCGAUACCGUAAAUAAAUAGGUUAAUAAUAACUUAAAUUAAAAAAGUGCUGUAAAAAUGACACCGGUCAAGUACACCCCAUUGCCUACUACAGAAGAGGAACAGGCAUUUGACUACAGAUCUGUUUUUACCUACGGCAAGAAUGACUACGCUCCAAAACCAUCAUUUCAGUCUAUUUAUACCUAUGGAGGCUAUGACUCAACCACUCCCAACAAAGAAUAUGUCUCACCUCUCCGCACUGACACUUUAGCUCGCUUCCUGGUGACUUUGGGUUAUUCCAUCAUCUUCGUUGUAACCUUUCCUAUUAUUGUGUGGUUUAGUUUUAAGAAAGUACAUGAGAAUGAACGACUGGUUGUAUUUAGACUGGGACGUUUGUACAGAUCAAAAGGACCAGGCUUGGUGCUAGUGUUUCCAUUGCUGGAUCGUGUCCACAAAGUUAACAUCAGUCUACGAGCCUUUAGUGUUCCACCUAAGCAGGUGAUCACAGAAGACAAGGCCAUCAUUGAGGUGGGGGCAGAGAUUUACUUCCAGAUUGUUGAUGCCGAGAAAUCUGUCACCAAUGUGCAGAACCUGGACGGCUCCACCAGGAUCCUGCUACAGACGGCUCUCUGCAAUAUGCUGGCCCAGAAAUCUUUGUCUGAAAUUGAGGCAGAGAGGACUGUCCUUGCUAAUGCUUUGAUGGUAAGCAGUAACAAAACAUGUGUGAACUGGGGUGUCAACAUCACUAGAGCAGAAUUGUCUCAGAUCAAAGUCCUGUCGGCCCCACCGCCCAAGAAAACUCCCCAGAUUUUUAUGCCCCCAGGACUGUUUGGGUCAGCAGGUCCCUCCCCUCUACCCACAGCUUUUGCCCAGCUAGCCCAGGCUUUUUCUGACCCAGGUAGCCAAGGAGACAACAAGGCUGAGGUUAUUUCACAAGCCAUGAGUGCGUUUGUCAGUGGGUUGGUAGAUGGACAAACCCCGCCCCCAGUCACUGCAAGCACAAAUGAUCUAAUCACACUACUGGGAGCAGGAAGUGUGGACCAGAUGACCAACAUUCCCCUGGUAGAAACAGAAUCCCUCCCGAUGGGAGGUCAUCUACCACGACCCCAGGGUUUGAACCCAAGUGCGUUGCUAGCGAAGAUACGAAGCGCCCUUAGUGAGAGCCUAGUGAACAAAGUAGGAGAGAGUUACGAGUUCCACAUCAGUGGUCAGCCAGGUGGAACCUACUUCCUGGACUUGAAAAGUGGUCAUGGAACUAUUGGUGAAGGUCACGACCCUAGCGGUCAUCCUGCAGCCAUCUUGAGUCUGAAUUCAGAUGACCUUGAAGCCCUGCUGUGUGGGGAGCUGAAACCAUUUGAGGCUUACAUGAGCGGCAGAUUGAAGGUGUCAGGUGACACCAGCGCAGCUUUAAAACUUGAGGAACUGGGCACUAGGAUCAAAUCCAUUUCAGCCGCUGAGCAAAUCAAGCAUUUGUAGUAGAUUUUUUUUUCUAAAAUAAAUAUCUGC